AUGGUGAAGUCCAACCACGAACGGUGGCACCAGACGAAGGCAGUAAUUGGGAGGAUGAUCCGGCAGUUGAAAUCAACCCUGGUUCAUUCAGCUGUGCAGAUCGGUGGAAAAACGCCGGCCCCGAACUCUUGCGACAUGAUCCGAAGCGGAGAAUUGUCGAAAUAUCCGCUUGCCAUUCUUGACAAGCUCCUUACUGUCUAUGGCAAGGAUGGAGCUUGUGCUUAUGAUAUCGGAUGUGCAUUCACAAAAACACUAGGUAAUAGUUCUCUGGGGCCGCGAGCGCGCCAGCUUGGCUUUCGUCUCAUGGUCGGUGCCUUUCACGGGCAUGCCCACAAUCGGAAAUGUCAGCUUGAUUGGCAUCCAGUAUAUAUUAUGGGAACUGGACACAGCGAAGGAGAGGGCUGCGAACAUAUAUUUUCAGCAUCAAAUGCACUUGCUCGUGGCACCCGACAUGCAAGCACAUUCCACUGGCACCAGACAAUUGAACAACACUUCACGUUUUGGAAUGAUGAUAAAUAUGCUGCUCUCAGCAACUUUCUGUGGAACCACCAUCGAGAAGCUCUUAAAUUGGUUCAAAUCCUCACUGCUGAGUUGACUGCUAUCAAAGCUGAACUGAAUAUUGUCGAUGAAGACUUCCCUCACUACCUCCAGGAAGAACUCGCCUAUCUUGAUAGCUUGAAGCAGCCACCUGCAAGAGACCAGAUCUGUAUAUGCUAUGUUGAAGCACUUGAUGAACUAGCCGAACAGAGGACUGAUUGGGACUCAGCACGCCAAGCAGCCAAUAAUGCCCUUACUGGCAUCGCUGCCAGCAGCUUGGAGAAGAUCAAUCAAGCACUUGCCCAAGCUCACAUCUGUCACACUGAAGCGCUAGUGGCACAUGUAGAAAUACAGCUAGCUGUGGAAGCACGAUGGGAGAUAGGCGGGCCAGAAUACAACCAGUUCAAGAUGGAGGCACGUCUUGGAAAGUAUCGCACUGCACUCAAUGAGUUGGAGCACCUAGUAGUCAUGUGA